AUGUGUGUAAAAAUCAAGCAAAUACCUAUGUCAGCAUCAUCAGCAACAAAGAAAACAGAAAUAUUAACCGAUGACGUGCUAGCUCAGCUGGAUGAAGCGAUUCACAAGGCACCAUGCAUAGGCUUAGCUGUAGAUGAGUCCACUGAUGUGUCUGACAAUGCUCAGCUGUUAGUUUUUGUGAGGUUCUUCAACAAGGACAAGGAAGAGUUCUGUGAAGACCUGUUAGGUGUCACACCCCUUCAGACCAGUACGAGAGGAGAGGACAUCUACCUGCCCAUAAAGGAGAUGUUAAAGAAGAGGGCAAUAGAGCUGAAGCAAGUGGUUUCAAUAACCACAGAUGGAGCCCCUGCCAUGGUAGGGAGAGAAAGAGGAGCUGUGGCAAGAAUGAAAGAUGACAAUCCUCAACUCAUCUCUUACCAUUGCAUAAUUCACCAGUCAGUCCUGUGCUCCACCCUGUCAGACGAGUAUGCUGUGGUGAUGAACACAAUGAUGAGAAUGAUAAACUUUCUCAGAGCUUCCUCUUCCCAUCAGCAUCGCAUGCUCCGGGAAUUUCUCAGAGAAGUUGAUGCAAAUGCUGAUGACCUUCUGCUACACAACAAUGUAAGAUGGCUCAGCAAAGGUAGGGUGUUGGAGCGCUUUUGGUCCAUCCGAGGGGAAAUCGCAGCUUUCUUGGCACAGCUGAAGAACCAAAAGGCAACAACAUUUUCUCUCUUUUUGGAGGAUGACAAGAAGAUGGAUAUUGUGGCUUUUUUGAGGAAACUUGUGUUGUUUAAGGAAGACCUGAUGGCAGACUGUGCACACUUUCCAACUGUGAAGGAACAGGUUCAGUGUGAGAGAGAUGUGUCUUCUUUUGUUGACUUUCUUGACAAGCUGAUUGUAAACUUCAGCAUGCGUUUUGACAGCUUCAGCCUUGGACAGCAGCUCACCCUCUUCAUUCAGAACCCAUUCCUUAUCACAGAUGUCAGGGAGUUCUCAAAGGAAGUCACACUGCUCUUCAAGUGGGAAAAUGCUGGGCCUCUCCAGAUCCAACUGAUCGAUCUACAAGAUGGAAAAACUGAUCCUACCACUUUCUGGAUUCAAAUGGUCCCAGAGACCGCUUUCCCAGGUCUGAGGAAAUUAGCCUUGUACAUCUUAACCAUGUUUGGCUCCACAUACAACUGUGAGGCAGCUUUCUCCACAAUGAACAUUAUUAAAAGCAAAUAA